UUGAGAACAGUAUUGCUUUAGCACUUUGAAAUAAAGUAGACGAUAGAUGAUGAAAAAAAUCAUGUGAGAAUUCCAGUGAGAAUAACAGGCUGUGUUGUUGUGCCUCGGAGUUGAGUCAGCUGACGAGGCGACGACGCGGGGCUCUCGGCACGAUGCAUGGUCGCCUAAAAAUAAAGACAACAGCUGAGCAGGCAGCUGAGAAGCAGAAGGAGAGAGAGGAAAAGAGGAAACUCUACCUCGGGGGCUUAACAAAGGCUUUCGAUAAGAGAUCAACAGGAACCUAUGAUGAGGAGGGACUGAAGGUGACGGCUCAGCUGCUCAUGGCCAAUCCCGAUGCUGCCACCUUGUGGAAUUUUCGAAGGGAAAUUAUCCUGGCCAUGAAAAGUGAUGACCAUGAGUCUUGGGACAAACUGCUCCAGGGGGAGCUGUCAGUCGUGGAGAACUGCCUGAUGAAAAACCACAAGAGCUAUGGAGCUUGGCAUCACAGGUGCUGGGUCAUGGAAAACUUUCCCAACCCUCCCUGGGAUAAGGAACUGGCUCUCUGCGAUAAAUAUCUCAAGGCAGAUGAGAGAAACUUCCACUGUUGGGAUUACCGUCGAUUUGUUGUUGCUAGAAGUAGCAAGCAGCCAGAAGAUGAGCUGAAGACAUCACAGCUACUAAUAGAAAGAAAUUUGAGCAACUAUUCGGCCUGGCAUUACCGCUCAAAGCUGCUGCCACUUGUGUACCCACCACUGCCAGACACCCCACAUCCUGUUUCAGAGAAUACCCUUAUUAAGGAGUUGCAGACAGUGGUUGAAGCAGUCUUUACAGAUCCUUCUGACCAAAGCCCAUGGUUCUUCCUGAGGUGGCUUGUCAACAGACAGGAAAAGAACCCAAGAUUGUUACAGACUGGAUUUAUCAGCAGUGGAACCAAGGAUAACUUGCUUGUGUGUGUGUUCUCAAAACCUCUCAUGCAGCAAAACAUCCCACAGAUUUCUGUUGAUGAUGAAGAUGUUGGAAACAAUGAGUGGUAUGCACCUGAUGAUGAGACUUAUUCAUAUGUUUGGGUUGUACAAUUGAAGGAACUAUCAGAGGGUGAGCACUCCAUUGCAAUCAGCUUCAAUGCCUCCACCAAAAGAAGCUUGACUGUGUCCCCUGGAGCAACCUCAGUAGCGUGGAUGACAGAGCUCGAGGAAGAUCUAACAGGUCUCACCAGGUCGACAUUAGAAGAAGUUAAGCAGAACUGUAUAACUUUAGAUGAGUUGGACCCUGGGAACAAAUGGGUGUUAUUAACCAUAGUAGAUGUGAUGUGGGCUCUGGACUCCUACAGCCAUCAAGAAAAGAUCAGCAGUUACCUCUCACAACUUCAGGACCUUGAUCCACUUCGCACAAAAUAUUACGCAGAUAUGAAGAGCAAGCUGUCUAUGGAGACGGCUCUGAAGAAACAUCGUUUAACAACUGAAAAUGAUGAUCAAUUCAAGCUAAAUGGAAGGAGCCUUACCCGAAUCGCCUACAGCCACCUACUAGCAUGCAGCAAGUCUGUUGACCUGAGUUGUAAUGAACUGUCUUCAAUACAGCCACUAAAGUCACUUGUAGCAUGUAAGGAGCUGCUUCUAGAUGACAACGAAAUUGCUGAUAUCACUCCACUAGCAUUUCUCAAGAGACUGGAAAAACUCUCUUUGUCCCAAAAUAAAAUUGACUCACUUGAUCAGCUCAAGCCUUUACGGGAAAUUGUUACAUUGAAGGAGUUAACCUUGAGCAGUAACAACAUAUGUAAUAUUGAAAAUAUUGAUGAGCAGGUUAAGGAAUUCUUACCACAGGUUCAAAGAGUUAUUUGGUGAAGUACAUUCUGUAUAGAUAUGGUGUGAAAAAAAAUACACAGUGGAGAGAUUUGUCAACUAUGGUUCCAUUUUUGCGCAAAGUCUAAAGAUUAUAGAACUAGAUGUAGUAUGUGCAUACGAAAAAUCUUAACUUUAUAAUUCACUAAUUUAUUCUUUACAUUUCUCGGAAUUUAAAAUUUAAAUUAAUUUUGGAGCGAAGGAUUCUAUAGCUGAAAUGGAAACUAAAUGAUUCCCAAAAGCAGAAUCACAUUUUCACCAAUUUUAUUUAUUGUAAUGUUUUUUUUACACUUCCUAUGGUCCAUUUAGAAUUGUGGUUUUUUUUUGUUAAGACAGUGUUGCAAUAAUAAUUCCAUUUAUAUUGUUCUAUAUGUAUGAAUUUUGUUUGUUUUAUUUUUUAUCACCAGGCUGGAAUAUGGCCAGGUAGCAUGCUUUCAGAUAUGUGAUAUGUUUAGAUAUCUUUUCAACUUUAUCAAAAUUGUAUUUAUUAUAUGUAUACAUUUAAUAAUAUUAAAGACCAACCGUUAC